AUGGCGAUCACGAGCUCCGCCUGCGUGGCCGCGGUAGCGCUCGCAUCCGUCCCCUUCGCCGCCUCAACCUCCGCCUCUCCCCGCGUCGCGGCCAGCGGCCACCGCGGUCCAGGGCGCUUCAGGACCGCCACCGUCAGAUGUUCCAGCGCGUCGCCGAACGUGUCCCAGGGCGCCCCGGCGCCGGCGCCGCCCAAGCCGCAAAUCGAGCUCGAGUUCGUCGGGCCGAAGCCGGGUGCCGACGGCUCCUUCCCGGUGGACCGGUCGGAGGCGGCCAGCGGCGAGAAGCUCCUCCGUGACAUCAUGAACGAGAACAAGAUCGAGCUCUACGCCGCAUACGGUAAGGUGAUGAACUGCGGUGGCGGCGGAAGCUGCGGCACUUGCAUCGUCGAGAUAAUUGAUGGAAAGGAGCUCCUGAACGAAAGGACGAACACUGAGAAUCGGUACCUGAAGAAGAAACCAGACUCAUGGAGGCUAGCUUGUCAGACUAUUGUAGGCAACAAAGAGAACUCCGGCAAGGCAUGUUUCAUAUUAUUCCCACAUUCUGCAAUUAACACUUCACUUCUGAACGUGUCUGCUCUUUUAAAAAGAAGCUCUGAAUGUUUUGUAGAUACUGACCCCCUGGUUUCCAAUUACACAACCUAA